AUGGUUACGUUUGAGCCAUUCAACCACACUGACGGCAACGUGUGCGCUAUGGGCGACAAGAAGAGUCCUACAAGGCCGAAACGGCAGCCGAAGCAGCCGCCAGUCGAUGAUGGCUACUGGGACUGUAGCGUUUGCACCUUCAGGAACACUGCUGAGGCGUUCAAGUGCACGAUGUGUGAUGUCAGGAAAGGGACGUCAACUAGAAAACCACGACCUGUCUCCCAGUUGGUAGUACAGCAAGUAAAUCAGCAAUUUGCACCGCCGCCCACGCUGCUUAGGAAGGAGAAGAAAGAAAAAUCUGAGAAGAGCGACAAGGAACUCACGCUGAGAAAGAAAAGCCUAAAAAAGAUAAGACCAAGGUUAAAAAACGUGGACCGAAGCAGUGCUCAGCAUUUGGAGGUAACAGUUGGUGACCUAACAGUAAUUAUUACAGACUUUAAGGAGAAGGCCAAACCUACUUCUACUUCCGCGAGCGCCACAGCUGCGGAUCUGCACAGUCAAAGCGGCUCGAGCUCCGACAACACUGAGCGAGGGGUGUCACGGUGCUCGUCGCCGCGAGGGGAUGGCCCGUCAGUCAAUGGCGAAGCUCACUAA